AAGUUUGAUUUCAGUUUCCAAUGGAUUUGGAGAUUUUGACAAAAAAAGUGAUGAUUUGGUUGACUAACUGAUAGGUGAAGACAUUGAGUCCAUUGAGUGGUUCAGUGAAGACAUCCAAUCAUAAACUCAAUUCAUUGCAUAACUCUUAUUAUCAUAUCUUUGAUAAAAAGAAAAGUUUUUUCAAAUAAAAACUUUGAAACCAAAGUUUUCAAGUCUUUUCUGGUGAUUGUCUGCCAACAAUGGCACGACUGAUGGCUAUGUUUCGAGUGAUAAAUCGAUCAUCGCAGAAGACGGCGACCCAUACGUGGAAGCGAUUGCAAUACAAUCGCGUGAAGAGAUUUGUGGGCAGUUUGCAAUGGUUUCAUAUCCCGAUAUCACUGGUCCUCACAUUCAUUGCUUUCCAACAGUUCCGCAGAAUUAAGAGACGCGAAGAAAAUAAAAGAUAUGAUAAACCUAUUUAUACGGCAUCUGAUCUCGAGGACGCCAGCAUACACGCCCGCAAACCGACGUUAGACCUACUCCGUCUCGUGGAUGACUUAAGACAAUACAAGAAUUUGGGCGAAUUCUUCAGGCGUUCACUCAAACCAGGCCUCAGACCUAUUGACACAUCCAAUGGAAUCGUGAGUCCGUCCGACGGAACCAUUUUAUACUUCGGGAAAGCAAAUGAAGGCACUGUAGAGCAGGUGAAAGGCAUCACAUACUCGUUGUCGUCGUUUUUAGGGCCACAGACUUGGCGUUCAAACAAAAGCAAUGACAACGACCACCAAAACUACCAGAAAUCUCUUCUAAUCAAUAAUGGGAAACAACCGACAGAUCUGUACCACUGUGUCGUAUACUUAGCGCCGGGAGAUUACCACCGAUUCCACUCACCCGUGGAGUGGAAAAUCAGUUUUCGGCGACACUUUCCCGGAAAGCUGUUGAGCGUUAGGCCGACGUUUGUCUCGUGGUUUCCAAACCUAUUCAACGUUAACGAAAGGGUCAGUUAUGUCGGCCAAUGGAAACACGGCUUCUUUUCGAUGACAGCCGUCGGCGCCACUAAUGUUGGAUCCGUUAAAGUCUACUUCGAUGGCGAUUUGGCCACUAAUAAGGGAAGGAUAGGUCGCGACUACAAUGACCUCAAACUGAACCAAUCGAUAGCUUUAAGAAAAGGCGAUCCCUUCGGAGAAUUCAAUUUGGGCUCAACUAUUGUCCUCAUAUUCGAGGCGCCGAAGGACAUGGAGUUUGAGAUCAAAAGUGGACAACAGAUCAAAUACGGACAACUCAUCAGUCGUUUCGAGAAACACAUAAACGCAUCAAAAAGAGCUUACAAUUAGACGGAGACUUAACCGCAGUUUUAUAUAUUUAGCCAAAUGUUUGCCUUAAUUAUAGUCAAAAUCCAGUGAAUUCUAUGAAUUGAAAACUUAUAUUAAAUUUGUGCACAAAAUGUGUAACAAUUUUAUAGUAUUGUAUCUAAACUUAUUUAGAGUUUAUUAUUAAUAUUUUUCGUUUCUAUAAUUAAAAUAUUUAUUUCUCAGCCACAAAAUGAACACAAAAC